CAGGGAGCAGGCAGUGGCGGGAGGGGUCGGAGCCAUGGCGGCCAGGGCGUCGGGUGGGGGGCGCUGGGAGGUAGUGAAGAAGGGGCGACGGCCUGCGGCCGGUAGCAGUAAUAGAGGCGGCGGCAAAGGGGACCGCCGGGCACUCGGAGAGGCGAACGGAGUGUGGAAAUUCGACCUGACCCCUCCAAUCCAGACUACAAGUACCCUUUAUGAGUUGGGCUUUGAGAAAAUCAUGAAGCGGCAGAACAAGGAGCAGGUUCCACCCCCUGCUGUGGAACCUAAGAAACCAGGGAACAAGAAGCAACCUAAGAAGGUGUCAACCGUCACUAACCAAAACCAGAAGCAGGGCCGCUUCCGCAGCUUGGAGGCAGCACUGAAAGCUCUGGACGUGGCAGCUCUGCAGAAGGAACUGGACAAGAGCCAGAGUGUGUUCUCUGGGAACCCAUCAGUGUGGUUGAAGGACCUGGCGAGCUAUCUCAACUACAAGCUCCAAGCUCCUCUAAGUGAACCCACAUUAAGCCAGCACACUCACGAUUAUCCAUACAGCCUGGUGAGCCAAGAACUGCGCAGGAUCAUCCGGGGUCUGCUGGUGAAAGCUGCAGGGUCUCUCGAGCUCUUUUUUGACCACUGUCUGUUCACCAUGCUGCAAGAGCUGGAUAAGACACCAGGAGAGUCGCUACACGGUUACCGCAUCUGUAUCCAAGCCAUACUGCAAGAAAAGCCCAAGAUUGCCACCAUGAACCUGGGCAAGUUCCUGGAGCUGUUAAGAUCCCACCAGAGCCGACCAGCAAAGUGUCUGACCAUCAUGUGGGCCAUGGGUCAAGCGGGUUUUGCCAGCCUCACCGAGGGACUGAAAGUGUGGCUGGGGAUCAUGAUGCCUGUGCUGGGCAUCAAGUCACUGUCUCCCUUCGCCAUCGCAUACCUGGAUCGGCUGCUUCUGAUGCACCCCAACCUCACCAAGGGCUUUGGCAUGAUUGGCCCCAAGGACUUCUUCCCACUUCUGGACUUUGCCUAUAUGCCUAACAACUCCCUGACGCCCAGCGUGCAGGAGCAUCUGUGUCAGCUGUACCCCCGACUGAAGGUGCUGGGAUUUGGAGCGAAGCCAGAAUCCACCCUGCAUACGUUUUUCCCCUCCUUCUUGUCCAGAGCCACCCCUAGCUGUCCCUCUGAGAUGAAGAAAGAGCUCCUGAGCAGCCUGACUGAGUGCCUGACUGUGGACCCCCUCAGCGCCAGCGUCUGGAGGCAGCUGUACCCCAAGCACCUGUCACAAUCCAGCCUGCUGCUGGACCACUUGCUCAAGUCCCAGGACCGGAUGCCCAAGAAGGUGUGGAAGUCUUUGCGAGAAACCAUUCAGUCCUUCAGGCUUACCAACCAGGAGCUGCAAAGGAAGAGCAACAGUAACAACCAGGAUGUCGUCACUUGUGACAAGGCCUGCAAGGCUUUGCUGCAGCAGGCCUGGGGCCCUCGGCUGCCCUGGACACGGCUGCUCCUGUUGGUGCUGGUGUUUGCCAUAGGCUUCCUGUGCCAUGACUUCCGGUCACACGGCUCUUUCCAGGCCUCCCUUUCUGGCCAGUUGCUCCAGUCGUCUGGCUUCUUGCCUGCUGGCCAACAAGUGUGUGCCAAGCUCUACUCCUACGGCCUGCAAGGCUACAGCUGGCUAGAGGAAACGUUGCCGGCCUGGGGUUCCCACCUGCUCACCAUGGUGAGGCCCAGCUUGCAGCUGGCCUGGACCCACACCAAUGCCACAGUCAGCUUUCUUUCUGCCCACUGUACCUCCCACCUUGCCUGGUUUGGUGACACCUUCACCAGCUUCUCCCAGAGGAUGCAGAGCCAGCUCCCAGAUGCCCUGAGCCAGCUGCUCCAGUCUCUGAAGGAGCUGCUGCUGCUUCUCUACCACAACAUGCUGCUGCCACUCUGGCACCUGCUGCUUGAGGGCCUCGCCCAGGCCCAGGAGCACUGCCACGAGGCGUGCAGAGGUGAGGUGACGUGGGACUGCGUGAAGACACAGCUCAGUGAGGCCGCCCGAUGGACCUGGACCUGCCUACAGGACAUCACAGUGGCUUUAUUGGACUGGGCACUUGCCAUGGUAUCGCAGCAAUAGGCCCAGCCUCCCUGGCCACUUGCUUUCAUCUUGGACAAGACAUCUGAGACUGCUGGGGGUGGGAGGGCUGCCAUGUAAAUGGCAGUUAUGCAUGGGGGUCUUUCUUACAUGGCGCCUGAGUUCUAUGUCCUAGGCAAGUGGCCAGUUGCCCGUGUCCCAGUUCUUCCAUCUUUAGUGGGGCCUGUGACAGGGGUGUCUUCAGCUCCUACCCAGGAUUUCACUGAACACUUCUGUGGCCCUAUGACAUCUAGCUCACAACCUCUGUCCUUGGACUGGCAGACUCUCUUGUUGUCUUCUCUCCAUUUCAUUCCUAAAGCCCCAAAGAGUUGAUCUCCAUGAAGAUGGGACUUCCAGAGAGUGGCUCCGGUAUCCUUCAGACAAAUGAUUUCUGCCCCCGCACUUCAGCAGUCUCUGGUUCCCAAUCUUGGUCACAACUUUAGCCACAGAGGAAAAAGGAAAGAGACUUCCAGAAGAAUAUAGCACCACCGAGGUCAACAGCAGCUUCACCUCUAUCUGCAAUGUGGUGUGGCUGUCAGUGGACAUGGGGAGCUGGGUGGAAAUGCCUUUCAUAUCAAAAUGCUCAGCCUCUGCCCUUCCAGGCCUCUUGCUGUCCCACUCUAUCGUGGUUCUACUUUCUCAACUUUACAUUCCCUUUCAGUGCUGGGGGCGCUAUGCCUCAGGGCUCAGCUUCUCUUCACUGCCCCACCAUCCACCAUGAAAGCAGAGUCCAGAUAGUUGUGUGCCCCAGGCUCAGGGAACCUUCCUUGCAGCAGCCUGUUGAGACAGUUCAGGCUCUUGGGUAUGCCUACUAGGUGGAAUAAAGGACACAUUUGAUUUUUA